ACGGUCAGUGUCAAAAGUGUAUGCCAAAUGUCACAAACAGCAAGACGCCAAAUAAAAACCAAGCCGAUUUUAGUAAACGCCGGGAUUGUGUGAAAAAAUUCCAAAUAUUGUGGAAAAAAGUGAGAAACAUUAAAAUAUUUCAAAAUGAGCGCUGGAAAUAUGUUGUAUGGCGGUGAUGAAAUUGGCGCCCUUGUUUUCGACCCGGGUCAUCAUUCAUUGCGCGUGGGUUACGCACAAGAGGAUACGCCGAAAGCAGAGAUUCCAUCUGUGGUUGGGGUUGCACCUUCCGCACCAGACACAAACAUGGAUAUAGAAACAAAAACUGACAACAGUAUAACACAAAAUAAUGCAGAUACUCGCAAAUACUAUGUGGACACCACAUAUGUAAAUGUACCGCGCACACAAAUGGAAAUACAAACGUAUAUGAAAGAUGGCAUGAUAGAUAACUGGGAUUUAUUCGAAAAAGUAAUUGACUACACUUAUGCCAAGGUCAUACAAUCGGAACCUGAAUACCAUCCUGUGUUGUUUUCGGAGGCCUCGUGGAAUGUACGCAACAAUCGCGAGAAAUUGACAGAACUCAUGUUCGAAAAAUACAAUGUACCCGCUUUCUAUUUGGUCAAAAAUGCUGUGUUGGCAGCAUUCUCGAGUGGUCGUGCAACCGCAUUGGUUGUAGAUAGUGGCGCAACGCACACUUCCGCUGUACCCGUGCACGAAGGCUAUGUUCUUUCACAAGCAGUGGUGAAAUCUCCCCUAGGCGGGGACUACUUAUCGAUGCAAUGCCGGCAACACCUUGAAAAACAGGGUAUCGAUUUAUCACCCGCAUACAAAGUCGCAUCCAAAGAUUUGGUAAAAGAACGCGAUGCUGCCCGCUUCACGCUGCGUAAACUACCCGAAAAUCUAACGCAAUCCUGGCAAAAUUAUAUGCUUAAAUCACUAUUACAAGAUUUCCAAAUGAAUAUAUUACAAGUGUUGGAGAAUCCAUAUGAUGAGCGUGUGGCUGCGCAAAUACCCAGCGUACAUUAUGAAUUUCCCAAUGGCUACCAUCAGGAGUUCGGUUCAGAGCGGUUUAAAUUGGCAGAAAGUUUAUUUGAUCAUGCCAUGCUUGGCGCGGGACAAUUAGCUUCAACAAGUGUGGGCAUGUGUGACGCAGAUGUUCGAUUAUCACUUUUCGGAUCUGUUGUUGUAACUGGUGGUAAUACGCUGUUGCAAGGAUUCCCCGAGCGUCUCAACCGAGACUUGCAACUGCGGGCACCAUCGAAUACACGUUUGAAAAUGAUUUCGGCAAAUGGUAGUGUAGAACGCCGCUUUGGUGCAUGGAUCGGAGGUUCGAUUUUAGCCAGUAUCGGCACAUUCCAGCAAAUGUGGAUUUCCUCGCAGGAGUAUGAAGAGUCCGGUAAAGGUCAAGUAGAACGAAAAUGUCCAUAAGCAACCUCAUUAUUUUGGGGCAAAAAGGUACGAUAUUAGAUCGACACAUAUUUUAAAAAAAAAAAACUUAAAAUUAUGUCAUAAAUUAAAAGGAAAAUAA